AUGAAUCAAAUCCAAUUACAUCCCGCGACAGGAAAAAUCAUAGGCAUCUCCCCAGAAUUCAACAAAGCCGACACAGAUAACGCCAUCUCCGUCGCAGCAGCCGCCUUCCCUUCCUUCAGACAAACCACCGCCCGCCAAAGAGCCCGAUGGCUUCACAAAUGGUACGACUUGAUGAUGGAAAAUCAAGAAGAUCUUGCACGGAUCAUAACAGCUGAGAAUGGCAAACCCCUCACCGACUCCAAAGGCGAAGUUGCCUACGCUGCCAGCUUCUUCGAAUGGUUCUCUGAAGAGGCGCCCCGUGCAUCCGGCGACACCAUCCUCUCCUUCGUUCCCGGAAACCGCGUGUUCACGCUUAAAGAGCCCGUUGGUGUCUGCGGACUCAUCACGCCCUGGAACUUCCCCGCCGCCAUGGUGACAAGGAAGGUUGCGGCCGCUCUCGCUGCGGGUUGUACUGUCGUCGCCAAGUCACCUGGCGAGACACCAUUUACUGCGCUUGCGCUUGCGGAGUUGGCGCAGAGGGCGGGAAUACCGAAAGGAGUCGUCAAUGUGGUGUCUGCGAUGCAAAAUACGGUCGAAGUUGGACAGGCGCUCACAGAGUCAGAGACGGUGAGGAAAGUCAGCUUUACUGGAAGCACUGGGGUGGGGAGGCUGUUGAUGAAGCAAUCGGCUGCGACAUUAAAAAAGCUUUCAUUUGAAUUAGGGGGGAAUGCGCCGUUCAUUGUUUUCGAUGAUGCGGAUCUCGAAUCUGCUGUGAACGGGGCGAUUGCGAGCAAGUUCCGGAGCUCGGGGCAGACUUGCGUCUGUGCCAAUCGGCUGUUUGUGCAAAAAGGGAUUUAUGAGAAGUUCGCUGCUGCAUUUGCGGAGAAGGUGAGAGGAUUCCACAUGGGGAAUGGGUUUGAGGAAGGUGUGACGCAUGGCCCGUUGAUUCAUGAUCGUGCGGUCAACAAGGUCGAUGCUCAUGUAAGAGAUGCGGAGAAGAAGGGCGGAAAGGUCCUGGUUGGUGGACAGAAGAUGUCGAAGCUGGGCGACAACUUCUUUGAGCCGACUGUCAUCACCGGGAUGCGGAUGAAUAUGCAACUCGCUUCCGAAGAGACCUUUGGGCCUGUGGCUGGCUUGUUCCCGUUCGAGACAGAAAAGGAUGUCGUGGAUAUGGCGAAUGCUGCAGAAGUUGGCUUGGCGGGAUAUUUCUACUCAAAGGAUUUGCAGCGGGUCUAUCGGGUUGCUGAGGCAUUGGAAGUGGGGAUGAUAGGCGUGAAUACUGGGCUGAUCAGUGACCCAGCAGCUCCGUUCGGCGGAGUCAAACAAAGUGGUUUCGGCCGAGAAGGAAGCAAAUAUGGCAUUUCUGAAUACCAAAUAACGAAGAUGGUGACUCUGGGUGGUAUGAGUCAGCCGCUUCAAGGAUCUUAA